AUCGCGAAAUUUUGUUAAUAAUAUAUUUGAACUGGUGUUAACAAUACAAAAAACUGUAUAAAGAAAAGUGCAUAUAAAUUUUGUGUGGCUAAGGUGUGGAAGUUGGUAAAUUUUCAUUCGGGACGUUCGCUAAUGACCCGUGGCAUAUAUUUCAUAUUAAUUCUGGAAUGAAGCACUUGAUUUUGGUAAAUAAUAUUGAAAAAAUUGUCAUUAUUUUUUUGGAGAAUCUAAUUUCGUGCCGUAGAGGAAUAUGUAAAAUUCGUUGUCGUAAAAAUGUGCGCUCUAUGACACUGCUUGAACGCGUUGCGUCGUGCAAAAUGGCACAUUUUCAACGUUCUUCAUUAUGCUUUUAUUUACUCAUGGAAGUACAUAACUCACUUUUGGCCGGUGACAAAUGUUCACUAAGAGAACUUUUUUACAAGGAUCCGGCCAAUAAUUGCAAAACUAUCAAUAUUUAUAACAGUUUAAAAGAUGUAUGUGAACUUUUACGAACAACACCAUGGAGUUUGGGCAUCUCCGCAUCUGGAAAGGGGUUAAUUGCAGGUUCAAUACGUUUGCUUUUGAUAAACGGUGACAUGAUUGACUGUUAUACACAUGCUGGUGCUGUUUUAUUACCCCAAGAGCAUAAUGCAAUCAAACGUUUGGAAACAAAUGCAUCAUUUGUACUAAUUGUUGAAAAAGAUACAAUCUUUUCAAAAUUAAUCUCACAAAGAAUAUUCGAAACUAUAGGAAAAGAUAUAAUUUUGAUUACCGCCAAAGGUUACCCCGAUUUAUGUACGCGUCAUAUUGUACAACGACUUUCUGUUGAGCAUAAACUACCAAUCUAUGCACUGUUCGAUGCGGAUCCAUUUGGUAUCGAAAUCUUGUUAAUCUAUCAAUUUGGUUCACGUAAAAUGUCAUAUGACAUUUCAAAAUAUUUAAUUUGCCCAAGUAUCCAAUGGUUAGGUAUACAUCCAACUGAAAUGAAUAUGUUUAAUUUUUCAAGUGUGUCACUAAACGCAUGCGAUAAUCGAAAACUGCAAAAAAUAUUACAUUACAAUUAUUUAAAACCGGCCAUACGUGUAGAAUUGCAAUUAAUGCAAAUUUUGCAAAGGAAAGUCCAUAUCGAUGAAUUACAUUGUAUGACACAAAAAUUUCUCAUUAAUGAUUACGUACCGAAUAAGAUAAAACGCAAUCUUACCAUUUGAGUGCAUAUGGCAUAAGUAUUAUCUAUAGUAUACUAUUUGAAGUGAAACAAUAAAUAUUUUUUUUAUUUAUUAUUUAUUUAGCUUAUUGAUUUUAUUACGCUUAAUGUAAAAAUAUAUUUAAGGUAGGCAAUUCUUUGUGUUGUAUAUAGGGCUUGUUGUUCUAAUUUAAUACAAUUGUUAUUCAUUUGUUGGAUUUUGAAAUUGUCGCCCGUAAAUUGAUAACAAAAACAAAAAAAAAAAACAAUUAAGGAAUAAGUGCGUGUAAAAUGUCGAUUAUUCUAUUCCUGACUACGGCCGCAAAUAAACAUAAUAUUCGUUAACAAUUUGUGCCCAAAAACAUCUUAGCCACAAUUUAAAAAGUGUUCAUUUUCAUUGAAAACAGAUCUAUUAUAAUAUAUUUUAUCAAAUAUAUAUUUCAACUAUUGUAUCUUAUUAAAUUAACACAUGCAUAUCUCUUACAGAUGGUCGUUAAAUUUAUGUAGUGAUAUUGCAGCUAAGGCUUGGUGAACAUCUA